AUGAACGCAUAUCUUCUCACUUUUGUGCUAUCCACGAUUCCUGGACUAGCCUCCCAAGGAUCCUCUUCACUUCUUCCUUCAUCAUCACCACCUUCUAUCCCAACAGUGACACUGCCAACUCUUCCCAGCGGAAUUCCAACGUUUCCUACUAUUUUACCAACCUUACCAACCGGAAUCCCAUCUGUUCCCAGCGAAUUACCCACCAUUACUAAUGGACCGGGUCUUCCCACAUUACCAACACUCAUGACAAUUUUACCAACAUUACCUAACAUAAUCGCUACUGUACCGACUGGAUUACCUACAAUUCCUACAAUUACAAACGCUCCGACUCUUCCCACGUUCCCAACGCUCGCAACUAUUUUACCAACAUUACCUACCCUAGUCCCAACUUCUCCGGAUAUACCUGCAUCAUCAUCAGGCGGGAGCAGUGAAUCAUCGUUGAGUUCAACUGGGUUGCCCACACCUCCGAAUGUUACCAUGCCUUAG